GCCCACUCAUAUAAAUCAGUGAGAUUGGGUGCGGCGAGUUUGUUGUCGAUGACGAUGGCUUCUCCCUCAUUUCCGUCAAGCGCAGGCGGUGGUGGCGGCGCCGGAAGCUCGAAGAGGAAGUUAGGGUUCUUCGCGAACGUGAUAAAACGAAAGGACAGCUUCAUUCAACUGUUCGCGAUGACUGGAAUUCUGCUCUUAAGCAUGAGAUCUCUCGGUCAGAAGUACCGAAUCCACGGCCUUGAAGAGGACACGCACGCGCUCAGGGAGGAGCACGACUCGCUCAACGAGCGUAUGAAGAACAUCAAGCUCGGACUCCGCCGUGAAGCUUCUCAAGACCCCACCGGCCUCUUCGCUUCUCGCCUCCACGCUCUCUUUGACGAACAACGCUGAAGUGAUCCAUAGCCCCCUCCUGUCUCUCUCUCAGUGAAACAAGGAUCGUAGACUUGGCUGUGUUAGUCUUCCCUAGCCUCAAAGCUAUUGAGUCAUGGUAGCGUUCGAUGAAGCUGAGUCUUAGGGGUUUUAUUUUCAUAUUUUGGAGGUGUGGAAAUCUUGUCGUCCACGUGUAUUUUGGUGGACAGGGUUUCUUUUACUCAUGACUUGUUAGCUAAAUCUAGAUAUUUUGUAAGUUUUAAAAUUUUAUAGUUUGAAAAUAUUCUAGUAGGGGGGAAGGGGUAGUUCGGAAUCUCACAAACAACACUAUCAUACCAAUUUUGAAUAGCCGAAUUUGGUUGAGAUAGAGAUGGAGUUUGAGACAGAAUAAGUACAACAUCAAAACAAGCAUUUGGAAUGAGUUGAAUUUGAUUCAAAUGCAUGGAUAUUUGAUUUGGAA